CGAGGAUGCUGGUGGCCCGUGGGGUACAGGGUGCGCCCCUCCCAGUCACUCCUGUAGGCCACCCCGUUUGUCCCGCAGCCCGAGGUCCCGCACGGCGAGCGGCGCAGCAGAUCCCCGAGGAGAUCCUCGGUAAUGCGGAGCUGCGGGAGGCGGCGGAGGCCCUGCCCCGAAACUACAACUUCGAGAUCCCCAAGACUGUCUGGCGGAUCCGGCAGGCUCAGGCCAGGAAGGUGGCCCUGCAGAUGCCGGAAGGGCUCCUCAUGUUUGCCUGCACCAUCGCGGACAUCGUUGAACGGUUCACAGACGCGGAGGCGGUGGUGAUGGGUGAUGUGACCUACGGCGCGUGCUGCGUGGACGACUACACAGCCCGGGCCUUGGGCGCUGACUUCUUGGUGCACUACGGACACAGCUGCCUGAUUCCCAUCGACGCCACGCAGGGGCUGAAGAUGCUCUACGUGUUUGUGGACAUAAAGAUCGACACGUCCCAUUUCCUUGAGACCAUUCAUUUCAACUUCGCAGCAGGCACUUCCCUGGCCCUCGUCAGCACCAUCCAGUUUGUCUCCACGGUGCAGGCGGCAUCGCAGGAGCUGCGCUCCCAGUACAAGGUGUGUGUGCCCCAGUGCAAGCCGCUGUCCCCAGGGGAGAUCCUGGGCUGCACGUCGCCCCGGCUCGCCCAGGACACGGACGCCAUCGUGUAUUUGGGCGAUGGGCGCUUCCACUUGGAGUCCAUCAUGAUUGCCAACCCGGGGAUACCUGCCUACAGGUACGAUCCCUACAGCAAGGUCUUCUCUCAGGAGCACUACGGCCACGAGCGCAUGCGCCGCGCUCGGCAGGACGCCAUCCGCACCGCCGCCAGUGCCCGCUGCUGGGGGCUCAUCUUGGGCACGUUGGGGCGGCAGGGCUCCCCCGGCAUCCUGCAGCACCUGGAGUCGCGUCUCCGUGCCCUGGGCCGGCCCUUCGUACGGGUGCUGCUGUCUGAGAUCUUCCCCAGCAAACUGCGACUCUUGCCUGACGUGGACGCGUGGGUGCAGGUAGCCUGUCCCCGGCUCUCCAUCGACUGGGGAGAAGCCUUCAGCAAGCCGCUGCUGACACCCUACGAGGCCGCGGUGGCUCUCCAGGACGUCAAGUGGCAGCAGCCUUACCCCAAGGACUUUUUCGCCAGCCACGGCGACCCCCGCUUCCCCGUGGCCUUCGCCAUCCUGGUGGCCGGUUUUGCCAGCCGCGCCCCAGCCCACGGCCACUUCUACCGGGAGCCCAUCGCCCUGCCCACGCUGCACGUCGUGGGCGAUGCUGACGCCGUCAUCGCCGCCCCCCUCAGCAGGGAGCUGGCCCAGCGCUUCGUGGAGCCUGUUGUCCUCGCCCACCCCGGCGGGCACUUCGUCCCCGCGGCUGCCCCGCAGAAGAAGGCCUACCUGGACUUCUUGGACCGCUUCCGCCCCGGACAGGGACAGGCUGAGCCCCCGGGGGCUGGGGCCGUUUGAUAACAGUCGCCGUAAUAAAUGGGGCUCAGACGAGCCACGUGCAGCCUGCCAUCUCGGUGAAACAUCACUGUGUUGCCACACCCUCGAGAGGGGCCAGAGAGUCCUCAUCAGCUCACUGUGCUGCUCUGCAGUGUUAACACAGGGCCAGGCUAAAUAGUUCUUAGUUAUCACCCUUUUUUUUUUUUUUUUUUUUUUUUUGGCAACUUUGUUGUGUGCGUGAGCGCGUGGGUAUGACGGUGCGGGGUUUGAGGACAGGAGGGUGACGCCGCUCUGUGUGCGUGAGGUGCUUUCAGAGACUUGAACAGCUGUUCCAAGUCGGGGUCCUUCAGCUCGGCCACAGGAAUUGUCUGCAGAGCACACGGCUCCCGCAGCUGUUACACCCCAAAGAUCUGUAUUUUUAAUAUUCGUGGUGAAAGCUAUUAAGCCAACCUUCCAGCUGGUCUGGGGCUAGAAAAUCCUCUUGUCCCUGUGCCAGUGUCAGGGCUGGUGUUCAUUUCAGGAAUGAAACGUCUGCUGGUUCAGCGUGCGUGUGUUGGGAGACUUUUGUAUUUUCCUCUGUACAGAGUGCUUUCAUGAACAAGAAAAGCUUG